AGCUACGGGAAAUCUAGAGUGCCUCGUGCUCGAACGAACGUGAUAUCUAGUCAGCAAGGCACGCACCGCGUGGUUACUCGUAUCUAUCAAGACAGUGACAACAGUGCAACUCUCUACAGCACAUCAACACCAACAACCACUUUUCUGGUCCCAAGCGCCCAUCAUGCCCUCCGACAAGGCAGAAUACAUGCCCUUGCAGCCUACCGAUACUUCACCGGAGAACUCUGACGGUCCCGACUUGCAAGACGAUGCUCCGUACACUCCCAGCGCUCAGAAACACGCACUCGUGCUCCCCCCUCUUCUCUUAAUCGCUUUCCUCGCCGCACUGGGAUCGACGAUGCUGAACGUCUCCCUCCUUCCCCUUGCACUCUCUGCGCUCCAAUCACAGCGUUCCGCCCCCCCUCGUUGGCCCGAACCGACGUACGAACCGAACAAAGUCAUCGGUCUGGAAAAGGCGCCCGACUUGCUUGGUGCGCCGAAGGAGUUCUCACAGACUGUGCCGUGGCACUACAAGAAUGGAAGCAGGGUGGAUGUCAAUGUCGUCUUUCCGAGUGUGGUAGCGCACCUGAAUGCGAGCGAUGCAGAGAGGGUGUAUAGCGAGCACAGUGCUGGGAGGAGCAAGAAAUUUGUGUUGACUAGGGAGAACUCAAUGUUGCUCCAGUACACGAACCUCGACCCCACCAAGCACACGUGUACGAUUGUCGGUUUCCGACCCUCGUCCGACCUCACCGUUCCCCGCCCCUACACCGCAGAGGGGGAAAUCAACGUGAUCGAAGUGUGGAACCUCACGCGCACCGGCUCGGGCCUCCUGGACCCUCAGACACUGUCAUACAACCACCGCCCUCCGAGGGGGAACUAUAUCGGCAACAUCGAUUUCCGAAUGAGUCCCAAUAGCACAACGAACAAGUUUCUUUGCCCGGUUGGCGAGGCGGACGGGACGGGUAUAGUUAGUGUCGAGUUUAGAUGCCAGAGAUGGGAGUGCAAGGUCGAGUUGGAUAUGUUGCUCGAACAAGAUGGAGCGCCCCGAUUGGGCUUUGAGUUGGCACAGUGGAACGAGGAGAAGUGAACGCGGAGGAUCUACAGCACGAUGGAGGGUAGAAUAGUAGAAGGACACAUCUGUUUACGUAUCUUGGACUGGGAUUU